CCUGUGGUGGCGGAAGUAGAUGCUUCGUGGGGGCCGCCGGCGCUGAAAGGAACUUGGCCGGCAAAGAUGAUUCAAGCGAUUCUGGUUUUCAACAACCACGGGAAGCCGCGGCUGGUCCGCUUCUACCAGCGAUUCCCCGAAGAGAUUCAGCAGCAGAUUGUUCGGGAGACCUUCCAUCUAGUUCUCAAGCGAGAUGACAACAUCUGUAACUUCCUGGAAGGUGGAAGUUUGAUUGGUGGCUCUGACUACAAACUGAUCUACCGGCACUAUGCGACGCUCUACUUUGUGUUUUGUGUGGACUCGUCAGAGAGCGAGCUUGGAAUCUUGGACCUCAUCCAGGUUUUUGUCGAGACCCUGGAUAAGUGUUUUGAAAAUGUUUGUGAACUGGAUUUGAUCUUCCAUAUGGAUAAGGUGCACUACAUCCUUCAGGAGGUGGUGAUGGGCGGGAUGGUGCUGGAAACCAACAUGAAUGAAAUCGUGGCUCAGAUCGAAGCUCAAAACAGGCUGGAGAAGUCCGAGGGUGGCCUUUCAGCAGCCCCCGCCCGGGCCGUGUCCGCCGUGAAAAACAUCAACCUGCCGGAGAUUCCUCGGAACAUCAACAUUGGUGACCUCAACAUCAAAGUCCCCAACCUGUCCCAGUUUGUCUGAUGGUCCGCGGCUACUGGACUGGAGUCCUUGGAACCAGCCAAGCCAGCCCUGCCACAGAUCCCGUUCUGAGCCUUAGAAGGGUCGAGCCCCGGCCCUGACCCUGGCUGCCAUGGAGUGAGGGGGCGCCCUGGGUUCUCUGCUAGCAUGUGCUCGGGUCCCACGUGUGCCGCCUCGCCGGCCUCUGAAACGUGUGGUCACAGCAGAUGAGGGGGGAGGGCCUGGCCUCCACCGUGGGCUCAGCGUGCCCCAGCUGCUCGUACCUUUACCUCCCGCAUAUAGCCGCUUCCGGGGACGGGGCCCUGGACUGGGGCCCAGCUGCUCCCAAGAACCCACCACUGUCUGACGAGUCUUGUCCUUAGCGCCGCGAGGCUUCUGCGGUCCCGUAGUGUUCGCUUUGCUGUCGAGGUGCCGUAGCUGGUAAAGAGCCAGCCUUAGGGGUGCGGCGAGUGGCGCACGAGGGCAGACUUUUAUGAGAACAUGACUUGCCUGCUCGCUGUACUGGGGUCAUCACUCCCGUGUCCUGUAUCGGCACGCUGGCUGGCUGCCCCGCUGCCACGUCGGCGCACAGGGGGCGGGCUGAGCCGAGACCAUGGUGCGAGCUGCAGGUCACCCCCUGCCCCGAGGCCGUGUCUCCGGCACAGCCAGAGGGUCCCUCGGCAGAGGGGAGAGGCCCCGUGGAAGGUAAAGCUGACGACGUGCGUGACGCCGCAGAGCUGUGACUCUUUCCAGGUGUAAAAUACACUCUAAUGACAGGCGCGGACGGGUCAGUUGCUGUGUCAGAAAUGAUGCGUUUGCUCCGCGCCGGGAACCCGCUGCCACCUGCGCCCGCCUGCAGAGCGUGAGUGCCAGGAGCGCUCCUUCCAGAACGGCCCUUGGGAAGGCUGCAGACGCCAGAGGCGCCCCAGCCGAGACCUGUCCUCACUGUGGGAGGAACCCCUCCCUGUCCCCGCCAGGUGACGUCCGCCCACAGCUGGCUUUGGAAACCUGUAGAUGUUUCCCUGUGACGAGGGCCUGUCUGUGGUUCACGUAGAGUGAAAGCUGCUCCCGGAGUCGUGGCUCUUGCGGCACUGCCCUGGGGGCCAGGUCCCCAGUACCGUGUUGAGCUGCCUGUGGGUCAGGGAGCUCGCUGCGGCACUGUCACCACAGCGACACCUCCCCACCAGGGGGCUUCUCGUGCCUGCUGGCCGGGGCCCAGACCGCUGCAGUGUCCUGCCGCUGCUGCGGAGCCCGCGUGCGAUGGUGCUCCCCCCCGGCCUUCGGUGCUCGCUCGGUCAGAGCCUCCCCGAGAGCCUCCGAGCCGGGUGGGCGAGCAGGAGGGGCCCCGUCUGCCCGAAGGGGGACACGGAGGGCACUGCUGGCAUUCCUCUGAAGGGUUUGGGUUUUCUUCAGCAGACGCUUCUGCGCGUUCCCGUUCCUCUCUCACAUUUGCUCAGUGAGGACUCAGAAAGAAGGAGGAACACGGAUGGAAGGCGGUGUGAGCGAGACCUUCCCACGGGCCUCCCAGCAGACACCCUUGUCCCCACUGUGCCGGGAAAGUAAGGGACAGGUCCAGUCACCUGCUUUGCGUCACACGGGGCCAAGAACUGAGACUCUGCCUGCCUAAAUCCAGAGUCCCCUUUCACUGCUCAAGAUGGCUUCUUCCAACUUGAACCUGUCUGUUCUAGAGAAGGAAGCUGAGUCCCAGAGAGGUUGAUAGCUUCUCACAAACCCUGAUAAAACCAAACCUCUUUUGCUGGGGGGGGGGGGGGGGCAAUGACAACAUCCCAGAAGGCGUCCCCUGCUCCGCAGAGCUGAUGAGGAACCAGAGCCCAGUGUUAAGAGCUGUGUUGAGGGUCACGAAGCUAGAACCUGGUCAGUUUUCUUGAGUUUGUGGAUUUGUUUUGUGCUUUAAUGCCUUAGUGCAGGACCCCUGCGUCCCGGGUCUCCCAGGCCGGUCUGGCCUUCGAAUGUUUGAACCAUCAGAAACUGACGGUUUCUGGCUUCCGCUCUCCUCCCACAGGCCACUGCCUGGUCUCAGAGACUCUGACCAGUGAGCGUCCCGACCUCGUCCCUCAGUCUGCCUCUGCAAAGGGCCCAAAACGUCACCCUGGUUUUUUGUUUGGAAACGUCCGUCCUGUGGACGCGCCUCAGCAGUCGCGCCUCAGCUACUUGAGGCUGCCUGCGUCCGGCAAAGCCAGGAACUUUUUUUUUUCCCCAUAAGAGGAAAUCAUAGGCUUUUUUUGGAGGAGGGUGCAGAUGCUUGUGCUGAGAGACUCAGUUAUGGAAAUCGGGACUGGGCCUCCGUGAGAGUCUUCGGCCCCGGAUGAUUGAGACUGAGGGUUUCGGGAAGUGGGACAGAACCCUGGGUUUCCAGGGCUCACUGCCCCUAAUUAAAACCACAAAUUCUGUGGCGCGGUCUGUACAUGGCUGGUGCAUGCCAGGCUCGGUGCUGGGCACUGGAGAGAGAGAGCCGAGGCCCAGCUUCCACUGUCGUCUCUGCUGAGAACCUCAGAGUGCCCAGAUCAAGUGACCGGCAACCUGAACUUGUAGUGACUGGAGUUGGUGACCGUUCUAUGGGAUGUUUAAAGGACAAGAACCCAUUUGCCGCCGCAUCGUGCCCCACCGGGCCGUGCUCCAAACAGCCUUUGCUCAAGCCCCUGUAACACUCAGACCAGCUGGGAGGCCACCCAGCAUUCCGCACAGUUCUGCAGUCUGAUCGAGUUCAAGGUGCCAGCAGAGCACCUGUUUCAUAGGCUGCCAUCUUCUUGCUCUGUCCUCACGUGGCUGAGAGAUGAAGCUUUUUGUUCUGCAUCCCCUGUUAAGGGUGCCGGUCCCAACGUGGGGGCUCCACCCCGGACCCCAGACAAGUCUCAUCACCUCCCAAAGGCCCACCCCCCUCCAAAAACCAUCACAUCGGGGAUUAGUUUUCACCACGGGAGUCUGGGGGACACAGACACUCGUCCAUGGGGUGCCUGAUUACCUACCUUUCCUCUUGGCCUGCACAGCCCAUGCUUGCCGUGCUCAGGAUUAGUUCAGGGUAUCCUGAGUCUUCUCAAGUCCCUGUUAUUCAAGCUUCUGCCCCUUUCGGAGCCAGCCCUUCCUCGCCUCUGCCUCCCCUUCCUCGCCUCCGCCUCCCCAGGGCUGCCGGAGCCAAGUGCUCUCUGGCCCCAGCUCCACCGGAAACCAGGGGAGUGUGCCGGCUAAAUUCCUUCCCGUGGGCCGGUCCUUAGUAGGGCGUUUGCUUCGUGUAGCCGUCUGCCCAUGGCUUUCCGAAUAGGACGCAGCGGUGGUGCCUGAUGGUGAGAACUGGGGUGAAUGUGAAAGCCACGAUGGAGAGCCCCCCAAGUGUGAGAGGCCCGGGGCACUGUCGGCUCCCAGCGAACACCGCGGCCUUCUGCCUUCCCUGCCGCCUCCCUUGUCCCCCAGGGCCGCCUGUCCCUGUGCUGAGGACCCUGCUCACUGGCAGCCAUUGGCAGAGAUGCAGACAGGCUCCCUCUAAGGAAAUGGUUCCGUGAAAAUUAUUAAUCUUUUCCAUAAGACUGUGUACGUUCUUUCUUAUUCGAUGAAUUAAUGUUUUCAAAGAAAUACAUUCGUGUAGUUCAAAAUUUAAGGUAACAGAAGGCUGUUCAGCCGGAUUCCCACCGGGUUCCCACAUAUCACCGAGCCCCAUCCCCCGUGGCAACAAGUGUUUCCAAUUAAGAAAUAAAGUCCCUGGAUUUUUUAUCACCAAAA